CGGCCCUGGGCUAGAUUCCUCACAUUGCAAAGCGAAAGAGACCGUUCAGCGCCUGACCUUGAUUGAAACACCAGAUAUGGCUUUCUUUUAGCACCACCCGCACCUCGCCCGCCACCUGGCCCAGCCAGAGAAUUUCACGAAGUCCUCCUCGCACCCUCCCUCCCCGCAGGCGCGCUGCGCAGCGACGCUGAGUCAGGCUGCGCCCAGUUGGGCGGGGCCCGCGCCUGCGCACUGGCGUCUGCGGCGGGGUUGGGGCUAGAUUUAUAUGCGCCUGGUCAGCUGACGAUCUGCAUUGCAGCCUGCGGAGUGAAGCGGCGCCAUGUAUGCUCUCGCUCUCCUCGCCAGCCUUCUGGUCACCGCUCUGACCAGCCCUGUCCAGGACCCGAAGAUCUGCUCUGGGGGCUCAGCAGUAGUGUGCAGAGAUGUGAAGACGGCGGUGGACUGUAGGGCUGUGAAGCACUGCCAGCAGAUGGUCUGGAGCAAGCCCACAGCAAAAUCCCUUCCUUGUGACAUAUGCAAAACGGUUGUCACCGAAGCUGGGAACUUGCUGAAAGAUAAUGCUACUGAGGAGGAGAUCCUCCAUUACCUGGAGAAGACCUGUGCGUGGAUUCAUGACUCCAGCCUGUCAGCCUCUUGCAAGGAGGUGGUUGACUCUUACCUGCCUGUCAUCCUGGACAUGAUUAAGGGGGAGAUGAGCAACCCCGGGGAAGUGUGCUCUGCGCUCAACCUCUGCCAGUCCCUUCAGGAGUACUUGGCCGAGCAAAACCAGAGACAGCUGGAGUCCAACAAGAUCCCGGAGGUGGACCUGGCCCGCGUGGUUGCCCCCUUCAUGUCCAACAUCCCUCUCCUGCUGUACCCUCAGGAUCGGCCUCGCAGCCAGCCGCAGCCCAAGGCUAACGAGGACGUCUGCCAGGACUGUAUGAAGUUGGUGACUGACAUCCAGACUGCUGUGAGGACCAACUCCAGCUUUGUCCAGGGCUUGGUGGACCACGUCAAGGAGGAUUGUGACCGCCUCGGGCCAGGCGUGUCUGACAUAUGCAAGAACUAUGUUGACCAGUAUUCUGAGGUCGCCGUCCAGAUGAUGAUGCACAUGCAACCCAAGGAAAUCUGUGUGAUGGUUGGCUUCUGUGAUGAGGUCAAGAGAGUGCCAAUGAGGACUCUGGUCCCCGCCACUGAGGCCAUCAAGAAUAUCCUCCCUGCCCUGGAGCUGACGGACCCCUAUGAGCAGGAUGUGAUCCAGGCCCAAAAUGUGAUUUUCUGCCAAGUUUGUCAGCUUGUGAUGCGCAAGUUGUCUGAACUGAUUAUCAACAAUGCCACUGAGGAACUUCUAAUUAAAGGUUUGAGUAAAGCCUGCUCCCUGCUCCCUGCUCCUGCUUCAACCAAGUGCCAGGAAGUGCUGGUAACAUUUGGCCCCUCUCUGUUGGACGUCCUCAUGCAUGAGGUGAACCCGAACUUUCUGUGCGGUGUGAUCAGCCUCUGUUCUGCCAACCCGAAUUUGGUGGGGACCCUUGAACAACCUGCAGCAGCCAUUGUAUCUGCACUGCCCAAAGAGCCUGCACCGCCAAAACAGCCUGAAGAGCCCAAGCAGUCUGCAUUGCGCGCCCAUGUGCCUCCUCAGAAGAACGGGGGGUUCUGUGAGGUGUGCAAGAAGCUGGUCAUCUAUUUGGAACAUAACCUGGAGAAAAACAGCACCAAGGAGGAGAUCCUGGCUGCACUUGAGAAGGGCUGCAGCUUCCUGCCAGACCCUUACCAGAAGCAGUGUGAUGAAUUUGUGGCUGAGUAUGAGCCCUUACUGCUGGAAAUCCUUGUGGAGGUGAUGGAUCCUUCCUUUGUGUGCUCGAAAAUUGGAGUCUGCCCUUCUGCCUAUAAGCUGCUGCUGGGAACCGAGAAGUGUGUCUGGGGCCCAGGCUACUGGUGUCAGAACAUGGAGACUGCUGCCCGAUGCAAUGUGAGUGUCCUAGAUGGCUUCUACAGAGUGACUGGGCUCGCCUUAUGCAAAGAGUCACAGCUCUAACUGCUCUUGUCGGGGAUGACACAUGGGCAUGUGUGACAACUUUUGGAGCUGGUUCUCUUCUCUCACCAGUGUUUGGUCCUGGGGACAGAGCUCAGAGUGUGAGGCUUGUAUGCUUCUUGUCCUUUGAGCCAUCUCAGUGUCCCCUAGUAUUUUCUCACUCAUCAGCUUCAUGCACAGCCACUAGGAAUCGCAUCAAACCUGUAGGGCCCAUGGCCCCUGCCUCUGCACAAGUCCCCACGGGUCCCAGGGGAUACUUCCUGGCCGAGGCUUAGCUCAAGCCUUAAGCCAGGCUUGCUUUCCCUAAUGGGGUGUUGGCCUUGGCCUCUGGUGCAGAAAGCUUUGUCAUUCCUUCUUGUGCUGGCUGGUCUGCACCAUUGUGGCCCAUGUUUAGCAUGUGGGCCUGAGUCUGCCCCUCUUGAGCUUUUCCUAGUUGGCUUUAUUGCCACUGGGUAAGAUUUUUCAGUCAAGCAGCGGGAUCUGGGGGUCAGUGAUUCUGGACCAGGGUUUUAAGAUAUCUCAAAGCUCAGAGCCACAGGUCCUGUUUUGAUAGUAUUCUAGGUUCUUAGCAUCCAUGGCUUCAGUAAAACCAGGUCACUUCUUUGGACUGAUGCUGACAAGGAGUGAACCAUGAAUGUCUGUCUUGUAUGACCUAACUAACCUGUCUCCUUUUCUCCUCCCAGGCUGUCGAUCAUUGCAAACGCCAUGUGUGGAACUAGCUUUCCAGCUUGCAGAAGUCGCCUACUUGUGGGUCUAGGGUAAUGAACACAUAGAUCUAUUUGACUUAAUAAGUAGGAGCCCCCUUUUGUCUUCCCCCAUCUCCUGUCCCUUACUAUAGCAUUUCUGUCACGUAAGAGGCGCUGACAGCCACUUCCGUGUCCCAUUUCUGCUCCAAGGAUGAGGACACUUGGGCUUCAGCUCCCCGGCUGCCCUUUUCACCCACCUGCUGGAGGGGGGUGGUGAGCCAGAGGGCAGGAGCAUGUGCUGAGCCCUCUCGGUGUGUAGGGAUCAUGGCCAUCUCCUAGCGUGAGGGAACUGCGCAACUUCCUGUGCUACCAAGGAGUUUAAUUUGGAUGCUUAGAAGCACAGAGUGAUCAGGCCUUUAGAGUGUGGGAUGGCCAUUGCCACAGCACAGAGACUUGAGAAGCACCUGCUGCAGGUGGCUUGCUUGGGACGUUGCCGUCCCUGGUCAGCCUUCAUUCUGCUUUCCCGUCUUCCCGUCUGCCUUGUUGGGGAUCUGUGGGGUAGGGUGGGGAGGGGGAACUUCUGAAUGUAACUUGCCUGUGCCGUGUGACAGUCGUGGGCCUGAUCUUUUGUUUGUGAGACCCGGAAAUGGGGUCUCUGCCUGGCUGUUUGGGGUCCCAUACGCCUUUCGUACCCGUAGCUCUGUUGAGCUGCUUGUUCACCUCAUGGGUGUAAGAAUCGUGGAUCGUUCUGGUGAGGAGACAGCCAGCAGGAUGGGCAUGUGCAGUUAAAUGGACCUAGAUUUUGUUUUGCACUAAAGUUUCUGUGACUUAAUAAAGUUCUGUUAACCAGA